CUGUGAUGUCGCUGCUGCCUCAAACACUGGAGACGGAUGAGUACAGCGCAGUGGAUACCCGGGGAUCGUCUCUUUCUUUAGCGUCGCUCCGGUUUCUCUUUCACCCGCAUUUCACCGCACUGUUUCCCCCGGGCGUGGAGUGCCAGUCCUCGGUGCAAAGAUGUCAGUGGCCGGGCUGAAGAAGCAGUUCCACAAAGCGAGUCAGCUCCUGAGUGAGAAGAUCAGUGGAGCCGAGGGGACCAAGCUCGAUGAGGACUUCCAGGAGAUGGAGAGAAAAAUUGAGGUCACCAACAAGUCAGUGCUUGACCUUUUGUCCAAAACCACAGAAUACCUCCAGCCAAACCCAGCGUCUCGAGCCAAACUGAACAUGCUGAACACAGUGUCAAAGAUCCGAGGACAGGUGAAGACCACGGGGUACCCACAGGCCGAGGGGCUGCUGGGAGACUGUAUGCUCCGCUACGGACACGAGCUCGGGGAGGACUCCGUUUUCGGCUUGUCUCUGGUGGACAUGGGGGAGGCCAUGAGGCAGAUGGCUGAUGUGAAAGACUCUCUGGACAUCAACGUCAAACAAAACUUCAUCGAUCCACUUCAGCAUCUGCAAGACAAGGACCUCAAAGAAAUCAUGCAUCACCUGAAGAAGCUGGAGGGGCGGCGGUUAGACUUCGACUAUAAGAAAAAGCGUCAGGGGAAGAUCCCGGACGAGGAGAUCCGAUUGGCCGUGGAGAAGUUUGACGAGAGCCGAGAGCUGGCCGAGAGGAGCAUGUUCAACUUCCUCGAGAGCGACGUGGAGCAGGUGAGUCAGUUGGCGGCUCUGAUCGAGGCGGCGCUGGAGUAUCACAAACAGUCGAGUCAAAUCCUGGAGGAGCUCAGCACAAAACUACAGAAGAGGAUAUCCACGGCCAACACUCGCCCCAGAAAAGAGUUUAAGUCGAAGUCUGUGAAGAGCAGCAUAGACACUAUGGGCAGUAAUCAUCAGAACGGACUCUCCUACAGCUCCUCCAUCAAAUCCACAGAUAUCCAGAUCCACACAGUCAAUGGGAAAAACGACCACAUCACGUCUGCCCCCGAGUCGUGGCCCGACAGCCCCGUCACCAACGGCAACCACCAUCCAGGGAUUUUUACUUCUUUCAGCAACUUCCAAACAGAUAACUUUGAAGAGACAGAGGUGCUGGACCAGCCGUGUUGCCGCUCGCUUUACGAUUUCGAGCCCGAGAACGAAGGAGAGCUCGGGUUUAAAGAAGGAGACAUCAUCAUCCUCACCAACCAGAUCGACGAUAACUGGUACGAGGGCAUGAUCCACGGAGAGUCGGGCUUCUUCCCCAUAAACUACGUCCAAGUCCUGGUCCCUCUGCCGCAGUGAGGACGACGGAGAACUACAAAGAUGGCGUCUUCUGCUCUUAAGGACUCGUAAUGAGCGUUACGCAGGGCGAGCGGUGAAACGGGGCCUGCUCGAGAGAGAUACACCUCUGGGGGGGAAAUCUGACAAGAGACGACUGCAAAAUGGUUUAAUGUAUAAGUUUGUUGUUUGUAUCUACGUGCAUUUGUAGUGGAAGUAUGCGUGAGUAUGCCUUAUAUAUAACUUACGACAAUAUUUUCCCAAUCAAUGGGUUUCAGAAGGAUGAUAAAUUAGGAUUGACGCCAUCGCGAUUAACAAAACAAAACUUUGCAGCGACAUCGGGUGUAUUUCUACGUAUUUGUAUGGCGGAAUGUUCAGAUUGUUAGAAAUCUCAAGAAAAAUAGGAGCCUGUGUGAGCUUUUUUGUAGUCCAGCUCUUUCUAGGUCGGCUCUUUCAGGUCAGAUUGUGUUAAAACAAAACUCAGAUUAAAGUCUAACUUGAGUAACGAAGCUUCAGACAGAGCAGAUCCUCCAGUUCGCUUCGUACUAUCAUACCCCACCCGUUGUCAGAUUGCAGAUCGUUGACCCGGUUUAUGGUUCGUAUCUCAGUCAUUUCUUCAAAACUAAAAUUGGCACGAGGAUCAGCGCCUUCUCUGUCAGCGUAAAUAUACAAAAGUGGAGUGCUUUAGAAAAUGGUACCAUAUUUAGGGUGACCAGACGUCCUUAUUGACCCGGGACAGUCCCAGUUUCGAGCCCUGUGUCCCCUGUCCCAGCGGAUUUAUCCAAAACUAGUAAUCGUCCCAGUUUUAUACAAGAAAUAUCCCAGGUGUCCCUAUUUUUGAACAAUCUGAUCUCUGCCGACAGUAAAGAGAGGCACAAAUUGUCACUUGUUUAGGUAAAUCACAGAAAAGCUGCUUAAAAACGAUCAAAACACAAACAAAAUGUGACUAUACUGACUCACAUUAGUGCCGAGUCCAUAACAGUUUUCCUUAAUUACGCGCUUGUUUGGCAAUUUUAUGAUUAAGAACCAACCCAAACUGGGAGUGUCACAGUUUUUUAUUUUGAAAAUCUGGAAACCUUAGCCGGUCAAAAGUUUUAGAACACCACACUUUUUCCAGUUUUUUACCGUUUACUGUUGACCAAAACGUAUUAUAAACUUUUGAUUCAUGAUGUAACAGCUGAACACACUCGUGGCUCGUUCUUUUUACAACAGAAAUCAAAUAUUCUUCAGGUAGUUCUUCCCAAGUCUGUUGCUGAAGUUCCCGUAAAUGUGUGGCACUUGUAGGUUGUUUGACUUUCACUCUUCUGUCCAGUUCGAUGGGGUUUAAGUCUGGACACUGUGCUGGACACUCCAUGUUAUCAAGCUUUACCAUCUUCGUUCUUUUUUCCUGAGGUAGUUUUGGCAAAGCUUAGACUAGUUUUUGUAUCUUUUAUCUUUUUUUUUUAACUUCUGGCUGUUCAGUUCUUACUUUUGUACCAUUUCAGGACUUGCACGACUUGAAUUGCAAUAAAAAACUGGAAAAAUUAGGGUGUUCUAAAACUUUUGACCAGUCAUACUUUCAUACUCAACUUCUUUAUGCAGUCAGUAGUUAAAGCAUACAUUUCCAGUGGAUAUUCUAUUAUUUUAUUCUUUUAUAAAUUCAAAAUGUGCUUUUCUGAGCUACAUCUUCCUCAAAAACCGCAGUCGUCUCUUGUCGUUUUCUCCCAGAGCUGUAUCCUCGUCUGUGGGAGCACGAGGGGGCAGUCCCGUGUUUAAAGUGACUUAUCCGAGUAUAGCGUUCUACUGUCGAUAUAUUUAUGAAUGAACUCAAACCCAAGCCAUUAAAGCGGGACUCGAUCGAACCGUGUCAGUCGCGUAACGUCGGUUUGACUGAAAAACUAAAAAGCCACAAGUCGUGUUUUUUUUGAGUUGUGUCCAAGUGUUUCAAAGUCCUGUCGUCUUGUUUUUGCGGUGAGUCAUGAACAACUUUCCAUACAUUUCCAAUUUUAUUUUAUUUUUUCUCCUACAUUUCAAUUGCACGGCAUUUUAUAAGAAUAUUGUACAAAAAGAUGUUUAUUUCAAGUUUGUAUUUCCAUUUUGGGGCUGAUGGCAAAUCGAGUGUAGGAGGGUAAUUGUGCGUAGAUCUUAUUUCAAAAGUCCGAUUCAUUUGAAAACUACCAAACUAAUUAUUUUUACGCAAUGUUAUUAUAAUUCAUUUAGUAUGCUUUGUUUUUAAGACUACGUAACGUUUUUUACAUACCAAUAUUGGACACCUACCAAGUUUUUUCAGGCAUUUUUUUUUUUUUUACCAUCCACAAUGUGAACGUGUGUGUGUUUGAUUGAUUAUUUUUGUUAUUUUCUCUGUGUUUUUCUCUAUUGAUACUUUGCAGUGACAUCGUGCCGGGGGUGUUCUGCGUGUGUCUGUAUUGGCGGAGUGUUCAGCGGUUACUACGGUGACACGGUUGAGCCCUAACGCAGGCAAAAAAAGUUUAAAGAUGAUCUGAAAACUCAAGAAAAAUAAUCAGUACGAGCACUCUUCAGUCCUGAUUUUUAACAAAAAGGUGAGAGCGACGAACUGAAGAACUGCGACUCUAAUUUUAUGCGUGAGAGACGUGUUGAAGCGCACAGAUCCAGAUCAUCUCGUCUGGUCUAGUUCCAGCCAGAGUCCUGCACGGGUCCAUUUUUUGGAGACCCGCCCGGACCUGCCCGCACCUGUACAGUACAGCACCACACCCGCCCGUUAACCCGAGAUUAUACCGAAGUUAAGUCCGCACCAGCCCGGACCCGUUAACAUUCCACCCGUUACCCGCCCGUGCCCGUGAUAAAUCGGGGUCAGGCCAUUAGUUCGGCUGCCCUGUAGUCCAGGACUAAACUAGGACUAAACUAGGACUAAACCAGGACUGAACCUACGCCGUGUCAUUAGCAGAUUAUAAAUAUAAACAUGCCACAAAACGCCGAGCCGAUCACCAGGACUACAACAGGAUUGGACCAGACUGAACCAGGACUAAACCAGGACUGAACCAGGACUAAACAAGGAUUAAACCAGGACUGAGCCUACGGCGUGUCAUUAGUGGAUUAUAAAUAUAUACAUGCCACAAAACGCUGAGCCGAUCACCAGGACUAAACUAUGACUGAACCAGGACUGAACCUACACCGUGUCAUUAGCAGAUUAUAAAUUUAUACACGUUGCAAAAUGCCGAGCCGAUCACCAAGACUGAACAAGGUCUAAACCAGGUCUAAACCAGGACUUAACCAGGACUGAACCUAUGCAGUGUUAUUAGCGGAUUAAAUAUAAAUAAAAUAAAUAAGUAUAUACAUGCCACAAAACGCCGUGACAAUCACCAGGACUGAACCAGGACUAAACCUACGCCGUGUCAGAUUAUAAAUGUAUAAAAUGCCACAAAACGCCGAGCCGAUCACCAAGACUGAACCAGGACUGAACCAGGACUUAAACCAGGGCUAAACCAAGACUGAACCAGGACUAAACCAGGACUGAACCAGGACUAACUCAAGAGUGAACCAGGACUUUACCAGGACUCAACCAGGACUAAACUUAUGCCGCGUCAUUAACGGAUCAUAAACACAUACACGCCACAAAACGCCAAGCUGAUCACCAGGACUACACCAGGACUGAAUCAGGACUAAACCAGGACUAAACCAGGCCAAGCUGAUCACCUCUGCUGAUGAUUUUAUGUAACAAAUACACUAAAGUCUCUCUCAGCCUGGUCCAUCGUCCAUCGAAAAGACUGGGAAAUGUCACUUGUUUCCAGGGCAACGAACAUAAUGGAUGCACUUCAAGUAUUUUUCUCCUGUUUGUCGUUUAUUUGAUUCACCUGACAGAACGUUAAAACGCGCCUGUUUCAGUAACUGCAGGUACCCGUUAGUGCAGGACUCUGGUUCCAGCAACGUCCGCUCUUUCCGGUCAGACUGUGUUAAAGUAAAGCUCAGAUUAAGUCAAACUUGAGUAACAGAGCUUCAGACAGAGUAGUGCUCCCGGUUAGCGUCACACCCCCGGGGACUGUUGAUGACACGAGCUGCAAAGUAUCAAUCUCUUCUGCACCACUGAUCUUGAUGGUCGUCUUUACACUGAACUCAGAAAUCAGCUUUGAAUCACAACGAGACACGAGACUUCCUUAUUUUUUACCGUUUGAACCACUUUUUGCACUUUUCCACCGUUGUUCAUUUUGUUCUUUAUUCACUCGCUGUCGUCACCUUCACGCCGACACAUUCCACUGUUUCACAACCGCUUGUUUUGCCUUAUGUUUUUCUUGAACAGACUAAUUUCAGGAGGAUUGUUGUCAUUUUUAAGUGUAAAUCAGGGUUGUAUCUGCUCCAAAUUGGCUUCAAAUGUUCUGCAGUGAGGUUAGGGUUAAUGGGAAUUUGACCCAUCACCCAACAUCCAGGGACCCAUCUCCAGAUCUUGGGCUCAAUUUUAGCUUAAAGAUUUGACCUAUUGUGCAUGUUUUGGGUUAAUGGGGGAAAACCAGAGCGUCCGCCCACCCAUACACGGGGAGAACGUGCAAAGAAAGGCCUCACAACAACAACAAAAAUGUAAAAUUCACACUUCUUCCUUGCGAUUUUAAUACAUUUUAGUAGAGAUGUACGGAUACAGAUACUGACGUCAAAGAUCAGCACCAGAAAAUUUGCUGGACCAUGUAUCAGUUCCAUGAUUUCGUUUUCAGUGGGACUUUUUACUGACUGAUGUGGGCCAGGAGGUCUCGUAAUGUUUGCAAGUUUUGUUUUGAGGAAAUAAAUGCCAUUUUAAACCCCUACACUAUUAAAUAUCGUGCAUCUGCAGAUACUUAAAGAAUCCGUGUAUCAUUCGUGCAUUCGUUUUUCGAUAUAAAACCAAAAAUAAGAAAAUGAAAAAACAACAGUUU